UUUUGUGUUGGGGCAAAUACUCCCGACGACGCGAAAGUUUUAAAGGCGAGGUGGGCGGUGGGGUCACCGGGCGAGGCUGACCCCGGAGAGAAACGCGCCCCCCGAGAAGAGGGGUCGGAGACGCCGCCCGGGGAGGCAGUCUUCAGGGAUGAAAGCAGCGGCCGGUCCGAAUCCCGGGCUCUUCGCUUCAGGCCUGUUUCACCUUCCCGCUGCCGCAACGAGCCCGAGGGCGCACGAGGGGCCUCCAGGCCCGCCGCUGGCCAACUGGCUUUGAGCUACGGCUCGUCCCUAGCCUGCAAGCGGGGAUGGUGCGAAUCCCGCCCGGCUAAUCUCUGCGAAGCGGCGACACCUCGGCGGGCAGCCCGGCAGGAUUGAAGCUACAAGAUGGCUGACCAGGACCCUGGGGGCAUCAGCCCCCUCCAACAUAUGGUGGCCUCAGGCGCUGGGGCUGUGGUCACCUCCCUUUUCAUGACACCCCUGGAUGUGGUGAAGGUCCGCUUGCAAUCUCAGCGUCCUUCAGUGGCCAGUGAGCUGGUGUCUUCCUGUAGACUCUGGAGCCUCUCCUAUGCCAAAUUGCCCUCCUCUCUCCGAUCCACAGGGAAGUGUCUCCUGUACUGCAAUGGUGUCCUGGAGCCCCUGUACCUGUGCCCAAAUGGUUCCCGUUGUGCCACCUGGUUUCAGGACCCUACCCGCUUCACUGGCACCGUGGAUGCCUUCGUGAAGAUUGUGAGGCAUGAGGGCACCAGGACCCUGUGGAGCGGCCUCCCAGCCACCCUGGUGAUGACUGUGCCAGCUACCGCCAUCUACUUCACUGCCUACGACCAACUCAAGGCUUUUCUGUGUGGUCGAGCCCUGAUCUCUGACCUCUACGCACCCAUGGUGGCUGGUGCACUUGCCCGCUUGGGCACCGUGACUGUGAUCAGUCCCCUGGAGCUUAUGCGCACAAAGCUGCAGGCACAGCAUGUGUCCUACCGUGAGCUGGGUGCCUGCGUUCGAGCUGCAGUGGCUCAGGGCGGCUGGCGCUCACUGUGGCUGGGCUGGGGCCCCACUGCCCUUCGAGAUGUGCCCUUCUCAGCCCUGUACUGGUUCAACUAUGAGCUGGUGAAGAGCUGGCUGAGUGGGCCCAGGCCGAAGGACCAGACAUCCGUGGGCAUCAGCUUUGUGGCUGGUGGCAUCUCAGGGACGGUAGCUGCGGUGCUGACUUUACCCUUUGACGUGGUGAAGACCCAACGCCAGGUCGCACUGGGAGCGAUGGAGGCUGUGAGAGUGACGCCCCUGCACGUGGACUCCACCUGGCUGCUGCUGCGAAGGAUCCGGGCUGAGUCAGGCACCAGGGGACUCUUUGCAGGCUUCCUCCCCAGGAUCAUCAAGGCCGCCCCCUCUUGCGCCAUCAUGAUCAGCACUUACGAGUUUGGCAAAAGCUUCUUCCAGAGGCUCAACCAGGACCGGCCCCUGGGCCGUUGAAGAGGCGUGGAAACGAGGACUCCAUCUUUCCACGGAUGGGGCGAGCAGGAGGAGGAGACUGAGCCAAGUGCCUUUUCCUCAGCAUGGAGGGGAGGGACUGUUUCCCUUCCCUGCCGGCGACAAGCCCCGGGGGUAGGGCUGCCCUGGUGGCCGCCCAAGCCAUCCUCAGACACAGCUUUCUUCCCACUCUCCAACUUCAAGACCAAAUCUGCUAUCUGACCCCCACCCCCCUGCUUUGUGUUUCCCUUUGUGUUUGCUGUAGCUGGGCCUGUCCCCAGGAGCCCAGAAACCCUGGGCCUGGCUUAGUCUCCCCCACCCCUGUUAACUCCUUAAGUCUAAAGAUUAUGAACUUCUGCCUGA